AUGGAGCACGUCACGGAGGGGGCCUGGGAGUCGCUGCCCGUAGCGCUGCACCCACGGGUGCUGGGCGCGCUGCGCGAGCUGGGCUUCCCGUGCAUGACGCCGGUGCAGGCAGCGACCAUCCCCCUGUUUAUGAAGAACAAGGACGUGGCCGCGGAGGCGGUCACGGGCAGUGGCAAAACGCUGGCCUUCGUCAUCCCCAUCCUGGAGAUCCUUCUGAGGCGGGAGGAGAAGCUAAAGAAGAGUCAGGUGGGGGCUAUCAUCAUCACGCCCACGCGGGAGCUGGCCACGCAGAUCCAUGAGGUCCUGGCACACUUCACCAAGCACUUCCCACAGCUCAGCCAGAUUCUCUGGAUCGGAGGCACCAACCCUGCUGAGGAUGUGGCCAGAUUCAAGGAGCAUGGGGGCCACAUCGUGGUGGCCACUCCAGGCCGCCUGGAGGACAUGUUCCGCAGGAAGGCCGAGGGCCUGGACCUGGCCAGCUGCGUGCGGUCCCUGGAGGUGCUGGUGCUGGACGAAGCCGACAGACUCCUGGACAUGGGCUUCGAGGCGAGCAUAAACACCAUCCUGGAGCUGCUCCCCAGGCAGAGGAGAACGGGCCUUUUCUCGGCCACGCAGACGCAGGAGGUGGAGAACCUGGUGCGUGCCGGGCUCCGGAACCCCGUCCGCAUCUCAGUGAAGGAGAAGGGCGUGGCGGCCAGCAGUACCCAGAAAACCCCAUCCCGCCUGGACAACUACUACAUGGUCUGCAAGGCGCAUGAGAAAUUUAAUCAGUUGGUACACUUUCUUCGAAAUCAUAAGCGUGAAAAACACCUGGUCUUCUUCAGCACCUGCGCGUGUGUCGAGUACUACGGGAAGGCCCUGGAGGGGCUGGUGAAGAACGUGCGGAUCCUGUGCAUCCACGGCAAGAUGAAGUACAGGCGCAACAAGAUCUUCAUGGAGUUCCGCCAGCUGCAGAGUGGGAUUCUUGUGUGCACGGAUGUGAUGGCCCGGGGCAUCGAUAUUCCUGAGGUGAACUGGGUUCUGCAGUACGACCCCCCUAGCAGUGCCAGUGCCUUUGUACAUCGCUGUGGCCGCACGGCCCGCAUCGGCCACAGAGGCAGCGCGCUGGUGUUCCUCCUCCCCAUGGAAGAGUCCUACGUCAGCUUCCUGGCCAUCAACCAAAAAUGCCCCCUGCAGGAGAUGGCGCAGCAGCAGCAACCGGCCGAUGUCCUUCCGAAGCUGCAGGCCAUGGCGUGUGCGGAUAGGGCCGUGUUCGAGAAGGGUGUGAGGGCCUUCGUGUCCUUCGUGCAGGCCUAUGCGAAGCACGAGUGUGGCCUCAUCUUCCGGCUGAAGGAUCUUGACCUGGCCAGCCUUGCCCGAGGCUUCGCCCUGCUGAGGAUGCCCAGGAUGCCAGAGCUGAGGGGGAAGCAGUUCCCCGACUUCGUGCCCGUGGACAUUGAUACAGACACCAUCCCAUUCAAAGACAAAGCCAGAGAGAAGCAGAGGCAGAAACUGUUGCAAGAGCAGAGAGAGAAAACAGAAACUGAAGGGAAACGAAAAUUCAUCAAAAAUAAAGCGUGGUCAAAACAGAAGGCCAAGAAGGAAAAGAGGAAAAAAAUAAACAAGAAAAGGAACCGGGAGGAGGGCUCAGACAUGGAUGAUGAGGACAUGGAGGAACUUCUCAACGACACCAGGCUCUUGAGGAAGUUCAAGAAAGGCAGAAUCACAGAGGCAGAGUUUGAGAAGGGACUGCUGAGUGGUGGCAAAGGCAGCUGCACACCUGUGGGCUGUGGGACCUCAGACUUGGAGGGCGAAUGAGGAGGAACAGAGGGCUGGCCUGAAGACCAGCUUGCCCUGUUGGCCACCAAGGCUGAGUGAGAGACUGGGGGUGUCUCGUGCUGGACGCAGCGCUGCCCACAGCGCACACAACCCAACAGGACACGGACAGUGACUGGCAGGAACAGAUAGCAGUAUUUUUCUAAUUAAAGGAUUUGGUUUU